AUGCUAAAGGAGCAUUUACUCAGGCGUGAGCGCCUGAAAUCCUCGUCGGGUCGAGAGAUGGAUUCCGUUUCUGGUCGCGAGAGGGCAAACAUGUCCGGAGAGCCGUCGCCCGCAACGUCACGCCUUUCGAUGUGGGAUGUUCUGGAGAUGGCCCCUACGGUAGCUUUUCUGUCGUCUUUACAAGUCGCUGCUAUAACACAGGUGGGCGACAAGAACCCAGUGAAGGCUUGGUAUCGUAUUUGGGACAUCAUUUUUCCAGGAGAACAGAGACCAGAUUCGCCAUACGUCGAAUCCGGGUGUCAUUCCGACAAGAAGUAUCAAUGCCAUUUCGACAAGUAUCAAUCAUCACGCCCCCCUGUCCCGGACCCCAGAGACUGCCGCAGGCGACACGUUUCUGAAUUCGACGAAGAGGCGACGUCCUAUUUAGGGGGUAGUCUACCCUUUAUCAACCCUGGCUCAGGACACCCACCUUGUACAACGUCAAAAGCUACAACGCCACACCGCGACAUGAGCGACCUAGUAUUUGAGGCUCUAAGAGACCUCGAGAAUAGACUCGCAGCAACCCGGUGCCGGAAGACUUCUGGACAAAAAGAAGGGAAAGCACCGAGCAGAAAACGUGGUCGACAGUCUGGGAGUCAGCAACAGGAACCACCAUCAAAACGGCACAUGGGAUCUCGAAACCAGCAAAGGGGUGGCAGUGAAGAAAGAAACGAACACCCCGACGAGGACGAUCCGGAUGGCUCCGAUCCCGAAGACAACGAUGACAGCAGCGGCUCAGGGAAUGCAGAGGAACGAUUUCUGGCCUGUCCUCUCUAUCGAAAAGACCCAGAAAAGCACCCUACUUGCGCGAUGCUUCGUCUAGGACGAAUCCGGGACCUCAAGCAGCACAUGAGAAGGAGGCACAACCGGCCCGAGUUCUACUGUCCCAUUUGCUGGGAAAUAUUCUCGGGGCCUGAGCAGCGUGACUCGCACCUCGUGCAACGCUCUUGCCAUUCCGUCGACGAGUCAGGUCCACCCUGGAUUACACGAGAGCAAGACGCCUUGUUGGAGGGGAGAGUACCAAACGGGUCGACGGAGGACCAGUGGUUCAGCGUGUGGGAUAUUGUGUGCCCGGGCCAGCGACGCCCGAGACCAGCCUUUUCGUUUCUGGGCAAGAUGGUGGAGGAUACCAGCACCAUCCGCCGCGAGCUGUGGGAAGAAGACGGCCGGCACAUUGUCGAGAACCUUGUGGCGCAGCGAGAGGCUUUGCUCCAGCAACCUCUGACGGCGGAAAACAGGCGUCUGGUUCGGAGGUGCAUCAUGGACGCUGUUGCCCACGUGCUGGAGCAUCCGGAUGUUACACAGGCGGGGCCGAUCCGGUGGCAUCGGGGCGACGAGGGCGGCGACGGUCACUCUGCAGCAGCAGCAGCAGCAGUCCCCGAAUCGGAGAACCGGGCGCACGGCGGUUUUGGCGGUCCAUCCGACAUGUUCCAGCAUCAAGUACAAGAGACGCACGAUAGCUUGUUCCCGGUCGACCACACGCGCAUCGCCAAGUCGACUUGUCUUGUCGACGGUGUGCAACUAGACGAGUCGACCAUGGCAUCUUGGUGGGACUUUCUGAACGUGCAAUCGAUUGAUGGUGCCGAAAUGAGCUUUUGCAACGCGCUUUCGACAGCCCUUGGCGAUGGACACGAUUGCAUUGUCAAAUUCGCGGAUGUGGCGAACGGUGCUGAUGGAUAG